GUUUGUCUCUUUGCUUCUAUACUCUUUGUCAAAACUUAGCACUUCCACCCAUAAACAUACAUAUAUGUCUAUGGUUCCACCACAGAGUCAUUUCCCCUCUAAAAUAUUUAAUUUAAACCUGCAAUAACUUGUUUUUUUUUGGCCAGGGGGCAGCAGAAAUAAGUUAACACUGAUAUAUCAUCACCUUUUAAGUUGAUAUGUUGAAGAUGUUAGCAAACAGUUGCUUAUUUACACAUCCAGCAGUUAUACGGAACAACAACAUUAUCAUGAAUUUGGAGUGGUGGUUCUGGCCACCUUUCUGGAAGAGUUCCCACUGCUGCUGCAUUGAUACGCCAGUGGAGGGGCCUGGAGAGGAGAGCAGUGAGCCUGCAGACCAGCCACAUGAUCUCUCACUUUCAGAGCUCCACAUCCGUCAAACAACCCCCCCUUCCUCCCUCCCCCACACACACACACACACCGCCUACUGUCACCUCGCACCACACUUCAUCUGCUUGUAUAUGCUCAUUAUGAACCAUAUUAGUGGUCACUGUUGGUGCAUGUUGUAGUCCUCUGGCCAGUUUUUUUUCAGGCCCUGCACAUUCUAAUUGGAAACAAUCUCAUACUGCUUAAUUAAACACAGGGUGGAUUAAAUUUGUUAACUCAUCAUACUGUGACACAUAUUUGAUUUCAAUUUGGAUAUCGCUGCAGUGUUUGUAAAGUUCAGUUGUGUCAGGGCCAUCUUUUUCCCCUCACUAUUCAGCUCUACUGAAUCUUGCCUAUAAUAUUAAAUGCAAGAGUAUAACAGCUGAUAUCUGAAUUAGACACAUUUCACAAAAUUGACACAAGACACAUGAUAGUAUCGUACAAUUUGCACGAGCUAUAAGAAAAAAGAUGCAUAGCAUCUGCAAAUGUGCAUAAUAACCUGCUCCAUGAAUAAUAGAUCACAGUGUUAAGUGUUUGCAAAGUAAGUAAAGUACAGUAUACGGCUGCAUAACCUUGUAAAUUUCAGUUACAGCCCUUCAAAGUUGCAAACUUUACCUUUUCUUCUCCUGUAAAAGAAUGAGUUUUGUAAGCAGAGAAAAACAACCAGGAGGUUAAGUCCAAAAUGGAUGUGUACAGUAGCUGUCCUCUUGUCCUCUGCCUGUGUAACUGUACCUUGACUCAGAUGACACGCUCUGUCACAUGGUCUCAGAUGCAUCCAGUUAACACUCCCAAUUCUCCCUUUUUUUUCAAUAUGAAGCUCUGAUUAACCUCUUACCAGACCCUUUUUUUCUAAUGAACUCAUAACAAUAAGCCAUAUAAUUUCCAUGCAGUCUCCUUCUAUUUCCAGUAAUGGAUGGAGUUUGGCAGAUAGACAUAUAUAGUCUUAAGUGUAUGAAUGCAACGUUAGCCAGGUCUAAAAUUGAAUAAUCAAAUCUGGAAACCCUGAGCUAAGCACAUCCACCGCCAUGUCCUGCAGUGGAUAGUGCAGCUGCAUGCUGUUGGUCAGCCAUUGGUGACUGAUGUGUUUGUGCGUUUAUGGGAAAGGAGGUGUCCCGUUGUGAAACAUGACUGCACACGCCGCCUCAUAUCAUAAUGCAUUUGCAGCUGCGUCGCACUGAUCACAAGAGAGUAAUGAAUGCCUCAUGAUAUACAAGAUAGCUUGACCUUCUAGGCAUUGAAUGGGACGUGUAUGCACACAUCACCGAUGGCUGAUUAUCCUGAGCCAGGGGAAUUUAAGUCCCUGCCUUUCAACAAAAGAGGAGAGGAGAGUCGUAGAAAAAUAUUACUAUCUGGGAUAGGAUAUAGAAAAUAAAAGAUAUGAAAGUCAGUUAAAAAAUCUGCAAUUUUAAAUUGUGUAAGUAGAAUAGAGGGUAACUAUUGUACUGUUUCCCCUCCCACUUGUGAUUCUGUGAUGCUGAGUUUUGAUACCUGAAAAGUGACGUUAUCAGUGAAAGAACAUGUCUAUUCAUGAAUGGAGAGUUCUGUUGUGGGACUGUCUGGCCCGGCCCCGGGGCUGCAUUACACAACCUCCUCCUCAAACCUGCACUGCAGAACUUUUCUCUGAUCUUCGCAAACACUCUGACAAAAAGUGCCUGAGUCUGCAUACACGCCCCGAGUCAGGAGAUGGGGAGGAGGGGGAGGAGGCAGGGAGGGGAGGAGGAGUGAAUGGGGGUGAUGGAGGAGAGAAAGAGAACAAGAGGGAUGUGGGAGCAGGUGAGGGAGGGGAGACAGAGAGAUGAGGGGAGAGAGAGGUGGCAUGCAGCCAACGGAGAGGACAGGGAAAAGUUGUGAGGUAGCCGGAGGGACGGGCAGGGAGAAGAGUCGGCGUCAUUGGUGCUCUGCUGAGGGGGAAUGAGAGCAGCAGCUUUUCCUCCUGUCCCGUCUGUCUCUCUCUCCGUUUCUGUCUGUCUUUCCGUUUGUCUCCCCCUCUCCCCUCUAAUUGUGUAUCAUCCUGGCCGGUGCUGCAAUGUGGCUGGCUCUGCAGUGAAAGUGCUGGCUGGCGGAUUCUCCUUGAGUGAACCCUGACUGUGCGCAGUGUUUGCUGCUGUCCUGUCCACACUGACUCAGCUGUGCAGGCAGCCUGCCGGCCUCUGAGUGAACACCGGCUGCCGGAGCAGUCACUUCCACAGGCGUGCUGUGGGGGCUGGCGGGCAGGCUCCCUACCUCGGGGACUACUGUAGGUGCACGACUGGGACCAGCGUCGUCUGGAGUCCAGACAUCCAAACAGCCGCUUCCAGAUUCAUUCCAGAGAGGCCAAGUUGUGCUAAAGGAUAUUCUACGAGCUAUCUAGGGCCCUGCUGGAUCCUGCAGCAGUAUUUGUUUUGGAGCAGAUCUGGCUGCCAUGGAGGUCCAGUGGGUUGGGGUUGAACUCCCGAGGCCGGGCCCUCCACGCAUAGCCACCGGCCUGAUCUUCUCUAUGCUGCUUGCAGCUUCAGUGGUAGAAACAGGAUACUGCUAAGGAAAAAGGACACAGAGAGAGAGACACAACAUGGAAAGAAUGAAAAUGGAAUAUUACAAAAAAUAUUGGAAAAGGUUGAUAAAAAAAAGUGACGUGCAGGAGGAAAGAGACGGGAGGGGUGAUGCUGUUGCUCUCUCGUCACUGAUUCUAUUACUGUUUUUGCAAGCUCACUGUGCUGCAUUGGACCAGCCGAGGAAAAAGAUUGGACAGAGCGUGUGGUCUGUUCAGGCCCUCGAGAUGUUUGUGGGGAAGAUUCCCUUCCUGCAGGCAGUGAAUGGCAGCACCGUCAUGUUGCCGUGCACCUACGCCAGCUGUAUCGGCAUCGAGGACCUCUACUUCAACUGGCAAUUCAAUGACAACGGCACCAUGCAGAAGGUGUGUGAUUCAACGAUAGCGGAUGAGGGGGUGGUGCCACAUGUGAGUAUAUAUCGAGAACGGGUGGAGUUUAUAGGGGGGAACAUCAAAAACAACGUCUCCAUCAGGCUGUGGAACAUCACCUUCGAGGACGGAGGCCAGUGGACGUGUUUUGGACGCAACCCCAAAGAGAAGGGCAGGAACCACAGUGCCAUCUUCCACCUCAUCGUGGUGGACGAGUUGAGGGUGGUGGACAACACACUGACCAUCAUAAUAGCCUCAGCUGUGGGCGGAGGCAUCGCAGCAUUGAUGGGCUUCAUGCUGCUCAAGAACUUCACUCUCUUUGUUCUUGCCAAGAUGGAGGAGAAAAAGUGAAAAAGAGUGCCUUGUAUCUUCAUCAGGGAUCGACAACACAGAAAAUGGCCUCUCAGGAUCCAAAGCUGAUUCAAAACCAACACCAAAAAAGAAAUGAGGAAAGUGCAUGUACAUAAAACUAUAUCAGUACUCAUAUUUAUGUACCUUCCUUGCAUAUAUUUGUAUAUGCACAUUGUGUUUGCACACAAGCAAAUUCAUUAUGUUCAAGUUGGGAUCCUUAAAACUGCCUGGCUGUGGCCUUCAAAGGGGAAUAUAUACAUGUCCACAUAAUGUUACGGCAUGUGCACGGAACAGUAACUGUGCAGAUGAUAUACAACUAAAGAGUGCAAAUCCGUGCACACAUAAUUAUUUAAAAUGUGCUCAUAAUUUAAUAAUUUACAUCUAAAGGAUAAUUGUUCCUACCAGAGACACUUGAUUUAUUUAGGAUUAAUGUCUUAAUCUUAUAUUAACAUCCCACCUCCCACCUGGUCUACCAUAUAUCUACCUCCAUGGGUCAACACAUUACCAGAAAAAACACAUUAAAGGUGUUAUCUUUGUUUUUGGGUAUGGACAAUAACUGGUAACCUAACCCGCCAGAUGGUUUAUUACACAAAACCAUCUGAGAAGCUGUUGGAAAAGGGCAGUCACUUUCAAAAAAUACUUGGCAGGUGAUUAGAUGAACAAUCUGUCAAUCAAACUCGGCCUGUCGGACUCGAGAGAAGAGCCAAAACAUCUUUUCCAUCGAAAAAGCCUUCAGUGUCGUUCUUCGCUCUUCUUUCCAUGAAGCAAUACUCUCCAGUUCUGAUAUAACUGAUGUAAUUGCAGCAUCUAAGCUAACCUCUUUAGGAGCCGCCAUCAUGUUUAGAAUGAACAGUCACCUCUCUGUGUCACCACACACACACCUAAGCCACGCCUGUAGCUGCUAGUAGCUUCUCACAGGACGCUGAUUGGUCUUUGCUCUGGCUUGCCAGUUCUCUUUAUACAUCCGUGACACAGACGCAUUACUUGAAGCCUAACAAGAUGGAUUUUCGUGUGAGAGGUGAUCCUGUGAUUCUGCGAUUCUCGCUUGAUCUGGUGACAUCGCAAGAAUCCAGCAACCAUGCAAGGUUAAAUAACCGGGUCUGAUUAAACAGUUAAACAUUUGACAAGUAAAGCUAGUGCGCACUUGUUCCUUUAUGAAAUGGGGCCUGAUGAACAUCAAGUCCAAAAAGUCUCUAUGGAAAACAUUGUUCCCAAGUUGUCUCUGGUUGCACUGUGGGACAGUUCAUUAUAGACAGUACAUGAAAGCACACUGAUCUGUAAUGUUUCAGCAGGCUCUGUAUAUUAUAAACAUAUGCAAUUUAGAUGAGAUUUGUUGAUCUAUUGGUGGAUAUUUGGUCAUUCUAAUGAUUCCCACACAUCUGAUACAUCCACAUCAAGCAACAACUGAAGGUUAACCUGUCCUUCAACAUUGUUUUCUGUGGCUUUGUGUUUGUACUUUGACCAUUAGAUGUUACUUUAAAUACAUCAUGGAGCCCCCAAAAAGGUACAGUAAUGCAUUUAAAGAAAGACCAUUUAAAAUGCUGCUUAUCUUGCUGCUAAUGGUUGUGUGUUUACAGGUAUUAUGCAGUGAGUAUAAGCUAAGUGAAAGACUGCUUGUUGAUACACAGUAAACCAAGUGUCUCUGGUAGAUUUUCUUUAUUAUUCACAAAAAAAAAGCAGUUGUGUAUCAUUUUGCACAGUUGUGCUCUGUUUAAAUUGCUUGGUAGCCAUGAUUUAUCAAUAAUUAUCUGUCGCCACAGCCAGAGUACAUAAAAUAUGUAAACUUUGACUGUUUUUUAUUUGAAGUCAAAACAAAAACACUUUUAUUUAAGUGCUUUUGACAGGAAAUAAUGCAAUGUAGUUACAGCUGGGCUGAAUCCUAACACCAAAUUCACGGUAGCCCUCGAUAACACGGGUCAACUAAAUCAAAAUCAAAUGAUCUAUCUCGCGGAUAUACUUAGCAAUUUGUGGCUGCUUUCCACAAAACACCUGGAGUAUGUUAUCUAAUUUAUUCAAACAACUGUCGUAAAAAGGUGCUUUAAGUAGCGCUAACACAAAUAGAACUGAUGUAGGAUUCAGCCCAGCUCUUCAUCCUGUACCUUCCUCUCUUUGCUUGAUAUAAAACACAGGUGCCUGUUAGUGCUUCUAUGCUCCUCUGCCAGCGAGGACGACUACAUAUUGCAAAGCAGUUUAUAAAGCUCAGCAAACAGUAAUAAUAAAACAAGCUUUUGAACUGACAUGAUAGACAAUCCCCUGCCCACCCCCUAGAAAAUGAAUGACCCUCUGAUGAUGCUGCUUUUAAGACAAAUAA